AUACUCACAAUGCACUCAAACCUUCACUUACAUGUGCGUUACUAUGACGUUUAACACGGCCCGAGCACGCACCGGACACCAACAACUCGAGCAGCAUAAACUGUGACGAUGAGGCCGGGACUGAAAGCGGAUGACAAGCAGGCGGUUCAGAUCAUCACACGCUACAUGUGUCGGUUCUGCGGGCGUCAGUUCGACAGCAUGGGCGACAUGCAGAACCACACGCAGAUGCACUUCAGCGAGAAGCCCCCGCACAGCUGCUACGUGUGUGGGCGCACCUACCGCACACCGUCCAAACUCCAGCGCCAUGUGCGUGUGCACAGCGGCGAGCGGCCGUACUCCUGCCAGAUCUGUGGGAAGCGGUUCACACGCUCCGACCACGUCAAACAGCACAUGAAGGUCCACCUGCCGCAGUGCCAGAAGAACGUGUGUCGUCUAUGCGGGAUGCGAUUCAUGCGCAGACAGACGCUGCAGGCCCACCUGCGUAGCCACGGCUACCACCAGGUUUUCUCGUGCAACCGGUGCGGCGAGGCCUUUGAGUCGGCCAUGAUGCUGCACCAGCACAAGACGACGCACGAACCGGACGCGGAGCCAGCCACGGCGGUCGACGGGGUGAUCAAGCAGGAGCCUGAAUCGCCGGAUGAUACGAAGCCCAUCGUCGGGCUGGCGAAGUUUGGUUUGGGACCGCAACCGGAUGUGAAGGAGACGAUCGACGGGCAUUACACGUCGCAGAGCAGUAGAAGCACGACGUCGAAGCUGAAGAAGAUGCUGUCGGCGCGUGACACGGGGAAGUUUGCCGCCGCGAUGACGCACGAACUGGACAACGAUAUCGAGGCCAUGGCCAGGUCCAGUAUGAUGAUGCAGCAGGAAAACGGCGACAUCGAUGACAUACUGAAAACUGCAACAGCGAUGACAGGAAACGGCGGCCUUGACCUCGCACAAGAUGCCUUCAAAGAGACACGCGAGUAUCUCGUAGCCGAAAUGAAGAAAAGGGAGAUAACUGACGAAACGGAAAACAGUCAAGUGCCGUCAAUAUCAAUUUCUGAUUGCUAUUCCCUAGCCACCGAGGACAGUAAGAGUGGAGAUGCUACUAACGAGGAGGAUGUCAAUGUCACUGGUUCGACUCUCACCGACGGAAACCGGAUGAUACUGGUUCCUCCCUCUGAUAUGAUGGAUAAUAACGAUUUUAAUUCGGACCAUUCUGGAGAAACAAACAAACGUAACGGCUCAAAUGAGAAACAUGGUACCCAGAAUGGAAUGGACGAUCAGGAUGAAAAUAACGACGAAAGGAAAAGUAAGAGUCCGGGAGAAAUGGACGCAGAUGACGAUGACAAUGAUGACGACAUCAUCGUGAAAAUCCUACCAAAAUCCAAGAACAACCGCAGCGCAACCACGUCGGGUAGCUCGACCUCAAAGCUUACCAUCAGUUGUCUCCCCUCCGUGCCUCGCCUCAUGAAGCCUCCCCGACUUUCAUCAUCGUCGGCGACGUCAACAUCAAACCCACACAUGUCAACCUUCUUACCAACCCUCACCAAAGCGACACCACCUUUAACAUCGGCGCCAGCAUUCGAUCUUCUUAACCAGCGUUCUGUGCCGCAGGUUUCCACUUCGGCCUCGCCCCACCUCUCCUCCGCUUACCUCCCCUCUUCGAUCAGUGCCCUCGACGCCCCGAUCACCGGCCGUAGCUCGGCGUACCUGUUCGGAAAGAAGAUGCUGCGAUGCGACCACUGCUCCAUCUGGUUCGAGGACCAGUCGAUGAGCAUGCUACACAUGAGUCUGCACUCGGCUGACGAAUCGGACCCGUUCACCUGCAAGAAGUGUCUGAAGCGCCUUGGUAACAGGCUUGAGUUCAUGGCGCACAUCGUCUGGCAUCUCGACCCGCACAUGGACGACAAGCUGCAAGUCAGCUAUAAUUAUAUAUAGGUCGGUAUGUGUGUGUGUCGUGUCAGGUUUUAUAAUUAUAUACAUACAUACAUGUAGGUCGGUAUGUGUGUGUCAUGUCAGGUUUUAGAAUUAUAUACAUACAUACAUUAGGUCUGUAUGUGUAAUGUUAAUGUUUUGGGGUUUUUUUUAUUUAUCUUGACUAACAACUGA